GAAGACCAAAAAUAUUAGCAGACAACAUAAAAAUUAAGGGAGUCGAUUUUCAAUGUAAUUUUUGUUCCUUUCUUUAUUUUGAUGUACAGAAAUCAACCUAUCAUAUAAAGCAAGAGAAAUUUCAUCAACAAUUUAACAUUAUAUCUUACAGACUCAUUUAAAUAAGAAGAAAUUCGCAAGCCCCAAUGAGCAGCCAGCGUAAAACUGCAAAUAUUCUUGAUAGACCACUAUCAAAAGGAAAAAGUGAAGUUAAUAUUAGCACUUUCGCUUUCCUUUUCUCUGAAUUAGUUCAUUAUGCAAGAACCCGAGUGAAGCAACAAACGAAUAAUGAACUCCACGAUAAACUAGCCGAUUUUGGUAAACACGUCGGCAGUCGUCUUGUUGACGUUCUGUUUCUUAGGGAAAGAAGUUAUAAAAGAGAAACGAAGCUCCUAAACGUAUUAUUAUUUAUCAAAUCGAACCUAUGGAAGAGUCUUUUUGGUAAGGAAGCUGAUGGUCUAGAAAAGGAUAAUGAAGAGGAUAAUAUAUAUUACGUAACAGAAAAGGAGCCUUUAGUCAACAAAUUUGUUUCAUUAAAUACGGAUCAUGCUAAAGAAACAUACAAUGUCAAUUGUGCGGCUUUUAUCUCAGGAAUAAUUGAAGAAGUGUUGAAUUGUUGCAAUUUUGUAAGUUUGAACAAAAUUUUAAAUAUGUACUACCUUUUAAAUGCUCUUUUUCUUCAUUUUCUUCACUAUUCAGCCAGCAAAGGUUACUUCCCACUGGCAUCAAGGAACAGCAUUUCGAAUAAUAUUUGAAAAAUCAAUGAUAAAGAAAGAUAAGCUAUUAGAAGCAAAAUAGUACAAGAGACUAGACGAGAGACUACAAAAAAAUAUUUAUAGGAUCCGGUUGAAUUCUGUUCAAAUAGAUGCAUUAGUAUAAUACAAUGAUGUUUAAGCUAUUUC